CACCAAUCGUUUCACACUAGACUACCAGCGAAACAACGACAAAGAAUAGCCUGGACCCUUAUUAAACAAAGGACUCACCACAGCCUUCCCCUCCCAUCCCUGGUUAGAAUCAAAUAUUUCUUUAUCAUAUGAUCUUACGAUUGAAUAUAUCUUACUCAUCUCGAUUUUAGUAUCAUCAUGUCAAGCCCACUCUUUGGCAUCGUCCCUGCGGGCCAACCACUCAUCACAGAACCUUCUUCAACCCCCUCUCCAACCUCACUACUCUACGCUCUCCCCACCACAAAACACUUCUCACAUAUUGUUGUCUUUAUGCUACCAGGCAUAAGUCUCCCACCGAACACUGCCGCAGCAAUCUACCUAGCAACAGCCGCCGAUGUCGCAGCAGCAGCUCAGUCAGGCGGCACACCCAACUUCCGCUUCCUUGGAGGUAUAGGCCCUGGAAAGGAGAGCGCGAUGUUCAAGGUCAGCGGUGGAGGAGAGGCCAACGAUUUAGUCAUUGGUGUAUCAGUGGAGUCAGAAGAGUCUGUUGGCCAGCGCUUGCAAGAGCUCGCUGCCACUAAGUCUGGCAACUCAUCAGGCGGCCAGCCCAGUACGGCUAUACUCGCACAACGCAUCAUCCAAAACGCAUUCAACUUUCUAUCAAGCUUUAGCGGUACAGCAGGACCUGGUGGUGUUGAGGUUGUGCCGCUCAAAGCCUUUGAAAACUGGUGGCGCAAGUUUGAAUCAAGAGUUCGGGCAGAUCCUAGUUUCCUGGAGAAGCAGUCAGAUUAGUGUUGGCUUAUGCGUAUCUGGAAAUGCCUGAUCAAAGCUUCAAGGUGUAUAGCAUUCGGGCAGGGAAUAUCUUCAACGGCGAAAAGGCGAGUCUGGCAUGGCAUCAGGGUGGGGAUUAUAGUAAAAAAGCAACAGACAAAAGCACCUGCUUUGAGCGACUGACAAAAUCGAUUAAUUG